UGUAUGUAUCAAUCCCCAUAUACAAACCAAACAGACGCACUUCUCUCUUACCCUACACAUGGAAGGUCUUAAGCCAAUUCGAGUAACAAAGGAAGAAGGUGGCGAGGAAGGCCAACUCUUGAGUCCAAUGUCUCGCAUUUUUCACCAGCCGAACUCGAGUAUCUACGUCAUUGUGUUCGUAGGGUUUAAGACCCCUAUUAAGCCAGAUGCUAUUAAAGCCACCUUGGCUCCUAUUUUCCUUAAACAUCCUCAUUUCUGUAGUUUACUGGCUGUGGAUGACAAAAAUGGUGGAGAGAUGAGAUGGGUUAGAACACAAGUAAACAUAGACAAUCAUGUAAUAGUUCCGAUGCUUGAUCCAAGCAUGGAGAAGGAGUCUCCUGAUAAGUUUGUAGAAGAUUACGCCUCUAACCUCAGCAAAACCGCAAUCAAUAAGUCCAUACCUUUGUGGGAUGUCCAUCUCCUCAACUUUAAAACCUCAGAAGCUGAAUCCACUAUCAUUCUCCGUGUCCACCAUUCCCUCUGCGAUGGCAUCUCUCUUAUGUCCAUGUUACUUUCUUGUGCUCGCAAAGUAUCCAAAGCUGAGGAACUUCCAACCAUUCCAACUAUAAAGAAAAGGAAUCCCAAGAAUGUUAACUCUGGUGGGUUCUGGCAAUUCUUGCUCAAGCUAUGGUGGUUAAUGUUGCUUUGUUGGAAUACCAUUAUUGAUGCUGCGAUGUUUAUGGCUACGGUUUUCUUCUUGGAGGACACCAAAACGCCUCUUAAAGGUCCUGGAUUUCGAUUUGGAUUUGAAUCUACUCCUGGUCCUAGGAGGUUUGUUCAUACAACUAUCUCUCUGGACGAUGUAAAGCUGGUGAAGAAUGCUAUAGACGCUACCAUCAAUGAUGUGAUGAUGGGAGUCACACAAGCUGGUUUGUCUCGUUAUCUCAACAGGAAGUAUGGUGAAAUUAAGAAAGGUGAUGAAGCAACAGAAGAAAAGAAUAAUCUACCCAGAAAUAUUCGUCUUCGAGCAACUCUUGCUGUUAACAUAAGAUCAUCUUCGAGCAUCCAAGCAUCUGAUGAUAUAAUAAGCAGAAAUACGAAGGGCAAUAAAAUAGGGCUUGUUCUCUUCCCCUUCAAAAUUGCCCUAAGAGAUGAUCCAUUGGAAUAUGUACGUGAAGCCAAGGUUGCCGUGGAGAGGAAGAAAGCUUCUUUUGAAGCUAAAUUCGUACAUUUCAUGUCCAAGUUUUGUUCCAAAUUCAUUGCCCUUAAGAUUGCAAACAUGCCUUCACAGACAACAUUGGGCUUCUCAAAUAUGCCUGGUCCUCAAGAAGAAAUCUCUUACCAUGGCCACCCAGUGGCUUUCAUAGCUCCUACUAUAUAUGGGCAACAAUGUGUGGGUAUCCUUACCUCAUUUAAUUUCAAUACAUAUAUAUAA